UAGUUUUUAAAUGAUGAAAUCAUAUGAAUGUGAUUCAUCCUCGGACGAUGAUGAAAAUGGAUUACAACAAGGACGCCGUGAUGCCCUAGCCAUCUCUCGACAUUCGGCCGAAGCACUUUGGGGUCGAAAUGAUGGGUCUGCAUGGGGUUGGGGCACUGCUGGAACGAAUAUACCAUCGACCAGUAUUUUACCAGCCCCACAAAUUGAUGCAAUGGGAUUUCCACAUUUUGCGGCUGCCACAACGCAACAUGGAAACGCCCAAACAUCACCAAAUUCAAAUGAAAUUCAAGUGCCUGGUAGACGUACGCCACUAAGUGCUGUUACAUUAGGUGGUUUUUAUUUUCCUGCUGGGAGUUCCGCAGGAAUGCAAUUGCCAAUGGGUAAUACUAGUGGUACAAUGACUGAUGAAAAUAAACCAGAAAGUAUUGGACCCUUAGGGUCACCUCCACACCGGAUGCAGUCUCGAUCACCCUCGAACAGCAACUUAAAUCCUGCAAAUAAUCAAAACCCCGGAGGAGUAAAGACAAAAGCACGUCAAGGUAAAUCGGUUCGAUUAAAUAUAAACGCACGUGAACGUCGACGAAUGCAUGAUUUAAAUGAUGCAUUAGAUGAAUUACGUAGCGUCAUUCCAUACGCACAUUCACCAAGUGUUCGAAAAUUAUCAAAAAUAGCCACACUAUUAUUAGCAAAAAAUUAUAUUCUAAUGCAAGCCAAUGCACUGGAAGAGCUACGUCGUUUAAUUGCGUAUUUACAAGGGACAGCUGUAGCCGCUGGUAUUUGUGGGCCAACUGGAUUUGAUUUACAAGGUUUUCCUGCUGCUGCCAAAUUUUUACAACAGCAAGCAAUGGUUGCCACAUCAGCGGGGGUGACCUCGGGGGCGUCAUCGACCACGGCCCCAACAACAACCGGUGACGGAUCUACUACAUCAAAUACAACAAGAACAAAUGAAAUACCAUCAAAUAUUGAGCGUAGUAAUACUACAACGUAAUGGAUGUAUGAAACGAGGCUAUGACCUGAUUUUUUUAAAUAUGAUUAUUUGGUAAUAUUUAAAAUAAUACUUUUUAUUUAAUGCGUCAUUCCAUUUACAUGCAAUUGAAUCGUAUUCAAAUCAGCAAGGGGAUAUACCACAAGAUGUGUAGGCUAUUCAUUACUCAUAAAAUUGCUUAAAUAAUAAGACUGAAAGUGUUGUCAUGGCAAUUGGAAAUUAAAUACAAUUUUUAAAAGGACAAAAGUUUGUAUGAAAAGUCACUUUUGUGAAAACUCUUAUACUCCUUAAAAACACCAUAACUCAUGCGCAUUUUAUUGUCGAUUUUUCGUUUUCAAUAUAUGAGCCAUUUUGUAAGCUUGAAUAUGCCCCAUAAAUUACUCGAAAU